AUUCGGCUGAAGAACAAGAACCUUCAAAAUACACAUUGCUGACAAAUACCACAUCCAUCCUGUGCAUAAGCGAAGCAUGCAUUUUCAUUAAGCAUUUCAUGGAACAGAUUCAGAUGGAUGACUUGCUGCAGAACCACCUCUUCGCAACGCAUGCAAUUGCUGCUACGGGUUUAGGUUUAUUCAUUGGUUUUAACUGGUUAGCCUGGGGGAGAAUAUUUGGUUUGGGAGCUUGCUUUGGAAUCUAUGAUGUUUUGACAGAUUUCUAUAAGGACAAUUAUGUCCAUGUCUCUAAGGCCCUUAUGGCUGGGACAGGAGCUGGUGCCAUGGAGUCAAUGAUAAGCCCUCCAUUUGAACCUAUUAAACUUCGUGCACAGGUAACCUCUGCCUCUCGCAUUCCAGUCAGAGCUCCAGUUAGAGAAAAUAAAGCUGUUGCUCCAGUAAUUGCCAAACUUCUACCUGGGUAUAUUCUGGAUAUGAAGGCCUUGAAUCAAUCUGUUGGUCUUUUAUCCAUAUUAAACAGCAAACAUCCUAAUCUUGUUGGUGCCUUACAAGAGCAUCCUUGUAUGAUGACGGGGUCAGGGAAGCCUCCUUCAGUUUAUGAAGUUUGGAGGCCAUCUGAAAUUGUCUCUCUAGAAGGAUGGGAUGCAUUUUGGAGAGGUAAUGCUUGGUUGGAAGGCAUCUGGGAUGGAUCCCUUACCGAGGUUAUAUUCCUUCUUUAUUUCCCCUCCAUUAUGCCGCAAAAGAAUUGGGAUGCAGAAACUUUUACUUGAUUUUGUUAAUUUACUUAUUUAGAUCCACCUUUUUUCUCAUUUGACUGGUAGUAUUCUUGUCUUGUGUAUGAUCUCCUUAACCUAUCAGCUGUGAACUCAUUCUGCUUGAUCUCUCAAAAAGAAAAUUUUUAGGGUACU